ACAUUUCAUAUAGUGAUGAAGCAAUAUAGACUGGCUCGGUUUCUUAUCUUCCUCUUAUCACUUUUUAUAUGCUUCGUCACAAUCCAUUCUCAAUGCCCACCAACACUACCUGCGCCUCAACCAAUGCCACCACCACCACCACCACCACCAUCUGGCCCAUCUUCAAAGCCAUGUCCACCGCAAGGCACAUAUAAAUUCCCACCUGCGCCUCAACCGGUGCCAUCACUAGCACCUUGCACAUGUCCGUGUCCAUCAGACUCAUCUCCAAGACAAGUGCCACCAAAGAACAUAACCGUACCGGCAUUGUUUGUAUUUGGGGAUUCGCUCGUAGACACAGGAAAUAACAAUAACGUAAGCACACCUCUCAGGUGUAAUUUUCGACCAUAUGGUAUCGAUUUCUUACAAGGUGUUCCCACUGGUCGGUACUCCGAUGGCAAAGUCCCUUCCGAUUUUUUAGCGGAGUAUUUGGGGAUAAAAUCGGUCGUACCAGCAUAUAUGGAUCCAAAAUUACAACCAGAUGAUUUACUCACCGGUGUAUGCUUCGCUUCGGGUGGUAGUGGUUACAUUCCUAUGACACCCACAUAUUUGAACGUGAUACCAAUGUUGCACCAAUUGACAUAUUUCCAACACUACAUAGCGAGAGUGAAGAAGUUAGUAGGACAAAAGAAGGGCGAUCAGAUAAUAACCAAUGGCUUAGCCAUUGUGUUCGCAGGUAGCAACGAUAUGGGCAUUACGUAUUAUGGUCCAGGUGCUCAGUGGGUCAAAGACGAUAUCUACUCUUUUACCUCUAAUAUGGUUGAGUCUGCCACCAGUUUCGCCAUGCAAUUAUAUGGAUAUGGAGCAAGACAUAUAGGAGUGGCCGGAAUGACACCACUGGGAUGUAUACCAGCACAAAGAACUCUUAAAGGAGGUCCUCAUAGAAAAUGUGCUCAAGAUGUUAACUAUGCUGUUCAGAUUUUCAAUACCAAACUCUCCAUUGCUUUAGAUCAUUUGGCUAAAACUCUACCGGAUUCUAAAUUGGUUUUCAUGGACAUCUAUUCUCCAUUCAGUCAGAUUCUAGAAAACCCUGCGGAUUACGGGUUUGAAGUGAUAAAUAGAGGAUGUUGUGGAACCGGACUAGUGGAAACUGGUCCACUUUGCAACGAAGAGACAUCAACUGUGUGUAGAAAUAUUUCUGCUUAUCUGUUUUGGGAUAGUUUCCAUCCAUCGCAAAGAUUAUAUGAAAUCUUAACCAAAAAACUUGUUAAAAAAUACAUCCCUCUAUUAUUUUGAGAAGUAGAUUUUUACUUGAGACAUUUUUUUUUUAAUUCUGAGAGGAUAUAACAUUUUGUAUUUGUAUUAAUCAUAUUGUUAUUACGAAAUGGUUGUUGUUUCUGAUA